UUGAAUAAAUUAGUAACAAUGAAUAGAAAGUAUUCAAACAAAAACUACUCAGAAGAAGAAUAUUCCAAACUGAAGGUACAGAUGUGGACUACCUUUGAUCUCCUUAAGAAGACAUCUCCUUGUCUAAUCCCAGAAGAACUCUUCCUUGCUGGCUUUAUCUGUGGUAAGGAAGACAUUCAAAUUUCAGGAAGGGUUUUAUCUCUUAUGCUGAAGAACUUCGGUGAGAAUGAGAGAGGUCGCUUGACUAGAGGGUUCAUCCUGAAGAGACAGAUCCCUUUGCUGCAGAAGAAGUUCAAUAUCGGCUUCUCAAGAAAUAUAGAGUUAGAUUAUGAUCUUCUUCAAAAAUAUCCUUACUCAAGAAAGUCAAGAUUCCAGAGUGAGAAUAGCAACUCAUGGAACUACGAUCAAGACGAUUCAUCUCAGACAUAACCAUCGAACUACACAUCACCAAACUUAGGCCAAUGAGUCAGAGUAAGAAUGACCUUGAAGAGAUCAAGGUUAAUCAGGUUAACCGGCUUCCUACUCAGUCUGCUGAGCCACAAUAUAUUCAGAAAGAAAGCCCGAAGAAGAUUGACAGAAAUGGCUUUUCUGAAAAAUUUAACAAGCUAUGUCCAGACUAUGCCAAGAAGAAACUGACCGGGCCAAAUUCUAAGAGGACAUUCAAUGAAUUAAUUAACUUCAGAAGGAGCUUAAAUCAGGAGAAUUUGAAGAAGCAGACUGUAAAGCAGAAGAGUCAGAAGUCCAACAAGUGAAAACCAAGAUUGCUAGAAAUUAGUAAGUGAAAAGAUACAUCGAUGCCAGAUGAGAUUCAGAAAGAACCUGAUGAGCCUCAGCUGAUAGAUGAUAUCUCAGUAAUUGACAUUCCUAAGGAUUCUCUUCCAAACUCAAAACAGAACGAGGAGACAAGCGCCCAACAAGUUUGCAAAAAUCAGCAAGAAGUUCAAGAAAAAUCUCUGAAGCCAAACCUUCAAGAACCUGUAGAUAAGAUUCAGCAAGAAAACCUACAAAGCAAAGAUAUCAGAGAGCAAACCAGCGAGACAUCAAGUACUAGUUGAAUUCAGAACUACAUUGACAAAAAGGUAUGAGCAGUAUGCACGAAGGUGGAAGACCCUAAAGUGAUGAUAAAGUUAUCACCAUGUGGUCACUACAUACACAACCAAUGCCUGAAGGAUAAGACCAUUAAGCACAGAUACAAGGAUCAGUUCAUAUUGUUUUGUCCAUGAGAUCUCUGAAAUGUGAAGAUUGUCUCGACUGAUGAAAUUAAGGAAAUACUAGGCAUCUCAGAAAUAAAGAAAACUAGCAAUUGCUCAAAAUAUCAGCGAAGAAGAAAUGAAAGCAGUGAAUAUAGGCUUCGAAGUCGUGAAAGAAGAAGACAUUUGUAUAAUGAGAGCCUUGAGAGCAAUAGGAGAGGCUUUCGAAAAUACAGAAGGUAUUUACAAGACUAUCAUGACAGUGAAAAAUCUACCUCUAGGUCAAGGUAAUGCUGGCUAGUAAUAGAUAGGAGAUACAGAAGAUACUAAAUUUGUGAAAAUUGGUAAAAGUUUAAAUUCAAUGUUUUAAAUG